GGGUGCUCACAGGGCUGUUGGGGACCUGCUGGUUUGGGGGGGACGGAGCCUGCGCUGCUAAUGGGGUGCAGGUGAGAGCUGUGAUGGGGCUGCUCUGCUUGAAGUGGCCAAAAGUGGGGACCCAUCAGAGCUACAUUGGGACCCCACAGGCAGUGCUGAGGUCCCUGUCCCGUGGGGCUGUGAGUUUGUGCCCCAGGCAGGAGCAGGGUGCUUUGGGGCCCACCGCCCUGCACCCACACAGGGCAGGACCUGGCAGUGACACAGAGGGCUGGCACGUUGGGCGCUGGCCAGGAGGCAAACUGGGGCUUCGUGGGAGGCAAACCGGUGCUGCAGCACUGCUGAGCACAGCUGGAGAGGUGCCCCUGCUCUGCCUGGCUGCCACCAGGCUCCAGCACGGGGCUUGGCACGGAGCUCAUGUCCCUUUCCCACCGCGCCGAGGGUCCAUGGCUGGGAGCAGCACUGGGCUGAGCUGGGCACGCGGGUGCCAGGCAGUGCUCCGGGCUCUGUUCCUUCCCCACAGCCCUCCCUGGACAAGGGGACCCUGAUCAGCAGAGUGCCAGCACACCCCAGGCCAUGCCCCAGGCUGGGCAUUUCCCACCCUGCAGCCUGCGCUGAGCCUGAGCCUGAGCCUGAGUCUGAGCCUCAGCCUCCUCCAGGUCGGGUGACUCCGGUCUCCGCCGGCCGCCAUGGAUUGGAAAACGCUGCAGGGGCUGCUCAGCGGGGUCAACAAAUACUCCACAGCCUUCGGCCGCAUCUGGCUCUCCGUGGUCUUCGUCUUCCGUGUCCUGGUGUACGUGGUGGCGGCCGAGCGGGUGUGGGGAGACGAGCAGAAGGACUUUGACUGCAACACGCGGCAGCCGGGCUGCACCAACGUCUGCUACGACAGCUUCUUCCCCAUCUCCCACAUCCGCCUCUGGGCCCUGCAGCUCAUCUUUGUCACUUGCCCGUCCCUGCUGGUCAUCAUGCACGUGGCCUACCGGGAGGACAGGGAGAAGAAGAACCGGGAGAAGAACGGGGAGAACUGCCCCAAGCUCUACAACAACACGGGCAAGAAGCACGGAGGGCUGUGGUGGACCUACUUGCUGAGCCUCUUCUUCAAGCUCAUCAUAGAGAUCCUGUUCCUCUACCUCCUGCACAAGAUGUGGGACAGCUUCGACUUGCCACGGCUGGUCAAAUGCUCCAACGUGGAGCCCUGCCCCAACACAGUGGACUGCUACAUCGCCCGGCCAACCGAGAAGAGGGUCUUCACGUAUUUCAUGGUUGGAGCCUCCUCCAUCUGCAUCGUCCUCACUGUCUGUGAGAUCUUCUACCUCAUCUUCAAGCGGGUCGUCCGAAGGGCGCGGAAGUGGAAGAAGUCCAAGCGCUCCGUCAGCUACAGCAAAGCCUCCACCUGCCAGUGCCACCUCAAAACAGAGGAGAAGGACAAGUCCCAGACUAGAGGAGAGGAGCUGUGAGCUCGCCCAUCCCAGCUGCCUCGCCUCGCCUUCCCCUUGGCCCAGCAGCUUCUCAAGCCUGCCAAGUCCCCGAACCCUGGAGAGUCAACCCAUGUGAAAAAUGACUAAACCCAACAAGCUAAAGUCCCCUGAGAGAGGCUCGUGGGUGCCCGAGCAGACACAGGUAAGGCAAGGGCAGCCCUGGAGCUCUGCCAGCACUGGUACCGUGGUGCUUGGCCAUCACACCGACAGAUACCGCACACGACUCGCCGAGCAGCCAGCCCUGCCACGGAGCAGCCCAGCCUGGCCACCAGCCCAGCCAAGAGCUGCGAGGGCACAAGGGAGGGGGCUGGCAGGAGGGAGUAUGGGUUGAUUCUCAUGUCCCAACAGCUUCUCUUGGUUCCUGCAGCUCUGCUGCUCCCGUGCUGGGUAUGAACGUGUGGUUGGUGCCCAGGCAGGGCUGGUGUAACCCAGUGUGGUGACAGCCCUCCUGGCUCACUGUGCCUUUCCAUGCACAAUCCCAAGCACCAUUUCAUCCUCCUUUCUUUUGUAGCAAGAAACCAAGUUCUGGGCUCAGUGCCAUGGCCAGAGCCCUCUUCAUGCAUCCAGAGUAACCACGGAGCAGCAGGACUGUUGCCCGGUUUGCCAGUACUGGGGUGGGAGCACUUUUUCCCCCCUUUUCCAUGCAAGCACCAUGUCAGUGUCCUGCCCAGGUGCCCUUGCUGGCUCUGCAGCUUCCCUUGGUGCCUUUGCACACCCUUUUGCCUGGGACAGACAUGUCCCACACGAUGUGAGCUGCCAAUAAUGGUGUUGUUUGUGGACGCUGGGAUCUGCUCUGGACGUGGCCAGUCAGGGUGGGGAGAGCAGAAGAAAUGGAGUUGCAGAGGUUCCCCAGGAGCCUGCAGCCAGAUCUUUCUCACUCCCUCUCUCCUCACCCGCUGUCUCAAGCUGGGGCACUGUGUGUUGAGCCCUGUGGCCAGUCUGCCCAGUGUGGCCAGACCAUCUGCCCGCUCCACCUCCUCCUGUCUUGUCACACAUCAUUAAACGUUAACUCACCAGCACCUCACGCUGGCCCCCAAGGAAAUCAAGGCAGGAUCAGCAUCAAUUAUUUAUUAAACCUUGCUAAAUAUUACAAUAAAUAGAAAUGAUUUCGA